ACUUAACGUCAAUGCUAAAUCCUGCCUUUUUGACGUACAGCGUGCGUCGUGGGCAAGUAUUGUAACUGCUUUAAUUUUACAAUCAAUUCUUUGUUUUUUGUAAAACCGUGUUUCUUUUGAAAAGUAAUAGAAUCUAAAUAAAAUGAGUCGGUUCUUCGCAACUGGAACUGACUCCGAGUCUGAAAGUUCAUCUGAAGAGGAACAGGUAGUAAGAGCGCCGGCGCCCGUUUACACGUUCAGUGAUGAUGAAGAAGAAACUAAACGUGUUGUACGUUCUAUGAAAGAGAAAAGAUAUGAAGAAUUGGAAGGAAUAAUUCAUUCGAUUCGUAACCAUCGUAAGAUCAAGGACUUCGCGUCAGCUUUAGCUUCAUUUGAAGAGCUCCAAAAGGCUUACACUCGAGCAGCACCUGUUGUCGCUAAGGAGGAAAACGGUGUCGCUCCACGUUUCUUUAUUAGAGCGUUGACAGAACUAGAUGAUUGGGUCUCGGGAGCAUGGAAUGAUCGAGACAAUAGGAAAACUCUUUCCAAGGGCAACAGUAAAGCACUGACGUCCUUGAGACAGAAACUUCGGAAGUAUAUAAAGGAGUUUGAUGCCGAAAUUUCCAAAUUCCGUGAAAAUCCAGACUUACCAGACGAUGACGACGAGCGCAAAGAUACGUCUUCAUCUGACGAAUCCGAAGAUGAAGAAAAGGUUAAAGAAAAACCAAGAGUUCGCCGUUCACCGGAGCCCCAGCGUGGGCCGCCGCCUCAAGAUGAUGACUCAUCCGACACUUUCGACUGGGGUUCUAGUUCGUCUGAUUCGAGCUCAAGUUCCGACGAUGAGACAAGGGCUGCAACAAUACGAGAGAAAUUCUUAAAGAAGACCACGGAAAGGGAUGACGAUGAGGAGAGAGACAGGCGCCGUGCUAGGCGUGAGAGACGAGAAAGGGUUGGGAAAAUUAGCAAGAAGGAUCAAGCUGAUGACGGUGGAGAAUGGGAGACAGUAAGGAAGGGCGCCGCGACAUCAGAUAAACCAAAAAUGUUCGCUAAGGACAGUGACAUUGAUGCAGCGUUAGUAGUGAAGAAACUUGGCGAAAUCAGUGCAGCUCGUGGUCGGAAAAGAACAGACCGAAGGGCACAACUGGAACUACUUCAUGAACUCCGAACUGUGGCACAACAGCACAACCUCGGUGAUGCUCUCCAGCUCAAACUGCGCGCUGCAACUGUUGCGUCACUUUUCGAUUACAACCCCAAGGUCUCUGAUGCCAUGAAACCCGAAUACUGGUCGCGCCUUGUAGAGAAUGUGGAUCAAAUGGUCACUCUCCUUCUAGCCCAUGAGGAUAUGAUGCUAAGUGAAACAAUCACCGAGGAGAAUGAACAGCUAGUUACUCCACCAUUUAAAGUCAGGGGCUGUCUGCUGACCGCAUUGGAGAGACUUGACGACGAGUUCAUAAAGCUGCUUAAAGAAUGCGACCCUCAUUCCAACGACUACGUAGAGAGAUUGAAAGAUGAAGUAAGGGUGUCCGCUCUUAUCGAUCGAGUCUGCCAGGUCGUAGAACGAGAUGGAAGCCCUCAGGAAAUCUGUCGCGCAUAUUUACGUAAAAUUGAUCAUCUUUACUAUAAAUUUGAUCCUCGUGCUAUCAAGAAAGAUCUGUCACCAGGUGAAGAAACAACUAUUAAAAAGAUGGAACGUCUAUGCAAGUAUAUUUAUGCUAACGAUGAUUCCGACCGUCUGAGAACUCGAGCGAUACUAUCGCAUAUAUACCAUCACGCCUUGCACGACAACUGGUUCCAGGCGAGGGAUCUUCUUCUCAUGUCCCAUCUUCAAGAGAACGUUCAACACUCCGAUCCCAGCACUCAGAUAUUGUACAACCGUACAAUGGCUAAUCUUGGGUUAUGUGCUUUCCGUCGGGGCAAUGUCAAGGAAGCCCAUGGUUGUUUGGCCGAACUCAUGAUGACGGGCAAACCGAAAGAGUUACUCGCUCAGGGCUUGCUGCCACAGCGUCAACAUGAGCGUUCUAAGGAACAGGAGAAAAUAGAGAAGCAGCGCCAAAUGCCGUUCCAUAUGCACAUUAACUUGGAACUUUUGGAGUGCGUCUACUUGGUAUCGGCCAUGCUGAUUGAAAUUCCAUACAUGGCUGCUCAUGAAUUUGAUGCCCGUCGUCGUAUGAUAAGUAAGACAUUCUAUCAGAACUUGCGUGCGAGUGAAAGGCAGGCUUUGGUUGGUCCGCCGGAGUCAAUGCGUGAACACGCUGUGGCAGCCGCGAGGGCAAUGAGGAGGGGAGACUGGCGCGCCUGCCUUAACUUUAUCGUUAACGAAAAAAUGAACGCAAAGGUCUGGGAUUUGAUGGUCGGCGCUGAAAACGUACGUGCUAUGCUCGGUAGACUGAUAAGGGAGGAGUCACUGAGAACAUAUUUGUUUACGUAUGCUCAUGUGUACGCAUCGCUGUCAUUGCAUUCGCUGGCUGACAUGUUCGAAUUGCCGAGACAACGCGUUCACUCUCUCGUAUCUAAGAUGAUCAUUAACGAGGAACUGUUGGCUUCCCUGGACGAUCCGAGCGAAUGCGCCAUACUCCACCGCUCUGAACCAACCAGAAUGCAAGCGCUGGCGCUGCAACUCGCAGAUAAGGUGGGUAACCUAGUAGACUCUAACGAGCGGAUCUUCGAGAAGCAGGGCUCGUUCUUCCAGCGCGGUGGCGCGCCGCGGGGGGAAGGCAGACAGCGGGACAGACCACGCGAGGGCUGGGGCCGCAGGCAGCGCAACAGGCGUCGAGACGACGAGCGCGCUCACGAAGACUAAACCCGGGGACGCCUUACAUAAGCAACAGCUGUUGGCGCAUACGCAGGAAGAGAACACUCAACCUGAACAACCAGGAUACUCGCAUAAUUAAGAAGAAGAAAAAACACCAUAUCAGCACUAUGGAGCACAUUUUUACAUGUUGCAAUAAUAAGUCUCAAGAACUGAGGAAGACGAAAUAUCAGGACAACAACCUUAAGCAAUCUUCUGCAGAUAAAAUAUCUUUGGAUGUUUUUAAUCUUUUUAAUACUCCUUUAUUGUGCCAGUUAUUUUGGUAUAACAUCAUGUGUCCAAUUGUCCGCGAUUGUAAGGAAAUCCAAAAGUACUACUUUUUUUUAACAUAUAUUUUCAUUACUGAAUCUUAGCGCUCUUCUAUACUAUUAGUUUUUAAAUAUGUUGUUUGGUUGUUUUAAAUGUGGCCGUCAUCCGUGCAAAGACGUGCACAGUAUAUUCUGCCAGUGUCAUGUUGAAAUAUAUGUUUUCUUUGAUGAUCCACAUCAAACAACAUCAACAUCUAUGUCAACAUUAGACUUGUAGUAUAGAAGAGCGCUAAAAAACAAUAGUUAUGACCAUUACUUCAUAUUUCACUAUUAUUCUUCAGUUUAUAUGUAUGCUCGCAAUAAACAUAUUUAUCAUUAA